CGGCACUAAGUAGGUGAAAUUCGCCGAGGAAGAAAAAGACCAGGAAGUAGGCUGUAUUUUUGUUCGUGUCGGGGCGGGAAAGCGGAGUUAAGAAGCCAACAAACUUCCUGGUGAUAUCUCCUGACCAUGCCAUCCAAACAGGAAAAUGUGGUUCAACCUGCUUAUUCCCCAGUUCUAUUCAUGAAUGUGGAUGGUGAGCCCAUGUCUUUCUUCCUGCGACCGGGUCCCACCAAACGGAAGCUACAACCACUCAUCACAGCUGGAGGGGGGAGAUUGAGCAACGUCCAGCAGCCUGGAGUAAUCUUGCUGAUGGACCCUGAGGAAAGAAGCAGUAUUCCUGAAUCUACUUCUCACUGGUACGUGUCUAUCCAGUAUAUUCAUGACUGUAUUGAGAAGAAUGAACAGCUGGAUUUAGAGGAUUACAGAUUAAAUCCUGGUGUAGUCCAGAGAAGCUCUGCUAGACUCAACAGAAGCAAAGAAAGCUCACCUCGACUACCAGGAGGCAGGCUGCCCUACACCCCAGAAGAUGAUGCUGCCAUUUUGAAUUAUGUAAGUAAGCACAAGACAGAGACUGGGGGGAACCGGCUUUGGCAACAGAUGGAGAAGCAGGAUGUCACUAGUCACAGCUGGCAGUCAAUGAAAUAUCGUUACAAAGUUCUGGCUAAGAAGCAGUCGCCGGUUGUGCACUUAAAAACAACAGAAGACAACAAGGCAACAGAGGAAGAGACAGAGGUGGAAAACAAACAAGAGACAGAUUUUCCAAAACAUCCAUGUGAAGAAGAUGUUGUUCCUCCUCAAAUGCAUUCAGCAGAUUCAGACCUGACACAGAUAGAUCUCCAGUCCACAAUGGAUGAAAGCAAAGCAGAAAAUGUAGAUGCUGAGACAUCCAUCUCUGUUCAAGAAAAGGAGCAGCAAGUGAAUCAACAGACAGAUGAACCACCAGCAGAAAGCAUACAAACAGAAAUUAUAGAAGCUGAAACAUCUAACCCUCCCCAAAAUGAGGGGCUUUGUCCAGACCUCCAGACAGAUAUCCAGCUUAUUACAGCUGAGAACACUGAAAGAGAUGGACCUCAUACAGCUGUCUCGCCACAGAAGCAGAGUUUGCCGGACGAGUCUCAACCAAGUCAGCCUGAGUCGACACCUAAAACUUCUUCUUCAAAAAAGUCAAAAGAGAAGCAGAAGACGUCCCCUAAUUUGGAACAACCACAGCGUCGAAUAACACGCUGGCAGCUUGAGCUUGAGACGUCAUUAUCCCCUGAACCUUAUGCGAAAAAACUCAGAUCAUCAUUGAACUCUGCUGAACAACCUACAUCAUCUCCACAGUGCAUGAAGAAAACUAAAUCAGCAGUGAAGUCUGCACUUCAGAAAGACACAACUCCAAACGAGCCACCUUCAAAGAAAGCCAGAGGAGGGAGUGUGGAAGCAGCGGCAGAAAGUCAACCGGAGCAGAAUGGAGACGCUACUGUCUCUGAAACAGCACCAGCAGAUGAGUCUGACUCAGUGCCUCAGAAAGCAGAGAAGAAAAAAGAGAAGAGAAAGUUGGGGAUUCUUGAACUGGCAACAAAGGAGUUUGAAGAUGAAAGUGAGUCGGAUGAAGCUCCAGAUCUCCCUCCUGAAACAGAAGCCACAUCGACAGAACCCAGCGUCCCCCCACCUCCAGACACAGCUGCAGAUCCUGCUUCCCCGCAGUCCAACCCUGAACGUGCAUCCAGCCACCAGGAGAACGUGCAAGAAGCUCACGCCUCCAGUAGCAACUCUGUAGCAGAGACAAGCUGCCCUAAACCUGCAGCCACUGAGCCUGCUGCUGUUUCUGAGGCUGCCAAUGCACAGUUUAACGCCCACCUCUUCAUAUUUGACAGUGAAUCUCAGGAAGAAGACUCUCAGUCUAUUGUUGGUGGUCGUCCAGCCACUGCGUCCAACCCUGAGCCAUUAGUGAACAAAGAUGCUGCAUUUUCUCUCACUCAGACCCAGUUAGAGGAGGACAAGCAGCGAAUCAGAGAGCUGAUGAACCAGACAGGCCAGGACUUAGUUAGUGUAACCAAAGCCUUGUUGAAGACCAGUGGAGACUUCACAGCUGCACUGGAUCUGCUUUUAAAUCCCUCCUCCAUUUCUGGACCGUUUUGGAAUCGCUGUGAUGACAAUCUUUUGCUGUCCGUCGAUCCAGUUGUUCGCCAGCAGCUGCAGGAGAAAUACGGUGAGGAGAGUGUGGCUAAAAGAAUCGUGUUUCUUGAGGUGGUUUGAUGAAACAGGUACAGCUAGAAAUAAGGAGACAAGAAGGGACAUAAGGAAUGUUCUCAUCCAUCAUGGCAACUUAAUUGUGGAAAAUGCAAUCUUAAAAUUUACAGAUUAAUUUUAAAAUUGAGUUUACAUAGUAGAUAUUGUGCCAUGUAGAUUUUUGUUUGCAGACAAAAUCUUUUAAUGCAUUUUAAUAAGAAAUGCUUCGUUUUAUAUGUUAUGUUGGUGUUUUUUAUUAUCAUAUAUGUUUGUCUCCCUGAAAUUGCAUAAUACAUUUUAAUGUCAUCUAAGAAACCGUACUCUGUUUACUUUAUUCAGAGAUUAUAUUGUAGAGGAUAAAAACGUAGUUCAGCUAAUCAGAAAACGAGUGCAGUAAUGUCCUCUACAGGCCAGUUUAAUUUAACAGUUCAUAAAUGUAACUGGAACUUAGAUUUGCAUUUUUUUUAAUGCAUUGUCAGUUGUUUCUGAGUGCACUCUGGACAAAACGUUUAAAUUCAUAUAAACUGUGACCAGUUUUAAUAAAGUCAUUUAACUAAAAUGGAAUUUGAUAUUUUUCCAAAAGUUGAACAAAGUAAUGCUGAAGCUGAUAUAUUUAGACUUUUACAUCAUAUUAUGGGUUAAACAUCAAAAAACUGUAGAUUCUACAUGUCAAGUGUCUUGUUUUGAGACAUUUUACAGCAGUUUUCUCAAGCUGAGUAGUAGUUCUUAUAACAAAUAAACUGACCUUCAAGUGUGCAGAAACAUUUCCUGUUUAUUGAGCUGAACACAAUCUAUAACAUCACAGGACUGGUGGCACUGAUUUCAUUAUAGAAAUGACUCAGACUUUGUACAGCUCUGACACAAAAGCAUUCAUACACAUAAGAACUGUAGCUAUAUGUGUGUGUUACCUAAAGCCAUAUGUUGUAGAUGAUCUACUUGAACAACACACAGACACUUUGAACCCACUCAGUAAAUCAAAGGAAAAGUAUUGUUAAAAAACAGGCAAAAUAGCAUUUAUUUUUUAUCCAAUCCACCAUUUUAUUUCAUUUUAUCCCAGUAUCAAUUGAGUACAUUUCAAAACUGAAUCUGCCCUAGAUCCACAUGAAUACACUGUAUCAAUAGUUUAAAGAAACCAAAACCCUAAAGAGAGAAAAGCAAUUAAAUAAAAUAGAAAAAUCAACAGGAUGUUACCUAUGAGGCAAAACAAACACAAAGACCAGCAUCCAACACAGGUCAGCAGAAAAUACCCAAAUAUGGCCACAAGUAUUGCUGCACCUUUUAUCUCCCCAUCAUGUUUAUGAUAUUAAAAGUAAUAAUGACGUUAACAGCAAACAGUUAUGCUAAUGAACAUGUAAAACUGUGUUGACACAACAGUUAACACAACCAUAUAAUCCCAGUGCUUUACAGAUAAAAACCACUCGUAUAAAACCCCUUUAUAGUAUGAAACAUUCGCAUCCACCACGACCUAAUUUACAUACAUGUAGGUCACAAACUGUAAGUUGAUCAGCCUAAGAACCUGUUUAAUAAAGCAAAACAUACCAAGGUCUCCACGCAGUAACAGCACACCAUGUAUCCCUGGGUUUUUAACAGCUACAUGUUUUUUUGCGCAGCUUUUACUUAAGGUCUUUAGAGAAUUCCUCCAAUCAAGCUACAUUCAACAAGGAGGGUUGCUACAGUAUUUUCAACUGAUAUAUAACUGUAACCUGCUUCAAGUGAUGGGAGAGUGGAGAUAACACAUGUCCCACAGUUUUCAAAAGUUACUGAUAACGGAAAACAAUACAUUUUUCCAAAUCAUACAAAAAUCUGCACACAAACACAUCUGUGGCAGGCAUGUUCGAACACUGAGACUUUCCAGAGUUAGUAGGAUUCAUAGCUUGAUUUACAUCUUUGUCAUGUUGCUGUACACGUUUGCUUUGGUUGGCUGGUUAGUGUUAUGGCCAGAGUGGUGUGAAAGACAGCGUAGUUUGUUGUUAGAGCUGCUGCUCCUCGAUGUUACAGCCAAACAAUCAGUAAAUGAAGUUUGAUGAUGUUGCGACAAAGUACAGUACUAAUAAAUGAAUGGCUCUUUGUUA